UACCCUUUAAAAAACAUUUUGGAUUACGGGAAAAUUACAUUUACAGGAAUUAUUUAUGUCAAUUGAUUAAUUUUUAUUGCAUGCAUCUAGUAGGAGCGCGAUUUAUUUCGCAAUAUUAAUAAAAUAAUUCAUCGGGUGCGCAUGAAUCUCUGAAAUCUGCCUCGUUAACCGGCUUCCGCCCUCUCAGGUCCUUUUCCUUCGCCAAAAGGUUCAUCAUGUCGGCUCAUCUGCAGUGGAUGGUCAUCAGGAACUGCUCCAGCUUCCUCAUCAAGAGGAACGGACAGACUUACAGCACUGAGCCCAACAAUCUGAAGGCCAGGAACUCUUUCCGCUUUAAUGGCCUGGUGCACAAAAAGACUGUUGGUGUGCAGCCUGCUGCUGAUGGCAAGGGGAUAGUGGUGGUGCUGAAGAAACGUGCAGGUCAGAACAAGCCUGCUAGUUCCUACAACAAGAUCACCAUCAACAAGAACUCCCGUGCCACGCUCAACAGCCUGAGGCACAUCAUUCGCAAGAACAGCUACAGGAAGGACCUGCGCAUGGCUGCUCUGCGUCGUGCGAGCGCCAUUCUGAAGAGCCAGAAGCCUGUCGUGGUGAAAAAGAAGCGCACCAGGGCUACAAAGACAGCAUAAACUGCAACACAUGAUUAAUAAAUAAAAAAAAUCUGUUGGGGAAAAUACA